AUGUCUUCCGGACGAACCAGUGCCGAGUACAACGGGGACUCAUUCGAUGACGCCUCUGAAGUACAGACUACCAGCAACCCCAGCCUCACCGUCUCGAUUCCUCAGAGCUCAUCUACACGCUCUCUCACAGACAGCCCUCCGAGCGGAACAGGUGCAACACCUCAGUUCACCGAAGCGCCAUCUCUCCCAUCCGUUACUCAGGACGAAGCUAAGAAGGAUGAGGACACUGAAGAUGCCAGGUCGGAAAGGCAGUCCAGGACGGAUGAAACGCCUCGCAGGACCAGAUCUCCAAAAUCGCCCUUGUUGACGACCCACCGACUAUCAACGACUUCUCUGGACGAGGUGAAUCUUGCUAGUAACAACUUAGAUGACAUUACCCUGCAGAAUAAUUUGGGCCAGGAGCCCAUGUCCGACGUUCCCCCUGUACCUUCCCGAAAUUCAGCAUCCUCCGCUCAAAGCAUGCCCCUCCAGGGACUAUCUGGCAAUCUCCUUUCCAACUCGUGGGGUCCACCUCCCAUGAACAAGACCCCGGCCCCAUCGGUUCCUGCUCCGCCGCCACCCAUGACCCGCAAACUCACUGGCCCAUUUGCCUGGCUUUCCCGAAGCUCAACGGCGAGUCGCGAGGUCAAGUCGCCUCCACCGCAAACUAGUCGGCGGAACACGGCCGCGUCCGUCUCUACUCUUUCCAGCAAUUCCGAGUUGGCCAAGCAUGACGGAGAAGAUUUGGAUGGUUUAGCGGCCAGGAGACCAAGGCGCAGUAGCCUAAAGGACCAAUUCAAGUUACUAAGGAUGCGAGAUGAAGGACUGGUUUCGGAGAACGACGGAGCAAGUGUCGCGUCAGGACGGGCAAGCAUCAGUCAUUCUGCUGGAAGUCCUCCCAGUAUACCCGAAGAAGAAGAACAUGUCUCUACUCAACCUCUUGCUUCGCCGCCCACUGUUCCGCCUACAGUCAACCCCAAUCUGCCUCCGGGUACGGUCUCGGGAUUAUCUGCAUCUGCCACCGAUGCGUCUGCACCUGUCGAUUGGGAGCUGUGGCAGAAACUUGUGAACGAUGGUCCGCAGGCACUCAAAGGGCCGAAUUCAAAAGAGAUUAAUGCGGCCAUCAAGCGAGGAAUCCCCCAGACCAUUCGAGGAGUCAUCUGGCAGAUUCUGGCUGACAGCAGGAAUCCGGAGCUGGAAGAAGUCUACAGAGAUCUCGUUGCCCGCGGCACGGAUAAAGAAAAGCAAGUCACAAACGGUACAGGGGAACAGGAGUCCCUGGAUUCAUCUCGCGCAUCUGUGCGAUCGGAGAUCUCGACCGCGCACUCGAAUCACGGAUCUUCUCCGAGCCCCUCCCAGGAGAUUGAUCCUGAGAAGCUGGCUAAAGAGCAGGCUGCUAACGAGAUAGCUCGCAAAAAGAAAGCCAAGGAAGAUGCCGUGGCACUCCAAAAGCUGGAGAAGGCUAUUCGUCGCGAUCUUGGGGCGCGCACCAGCUAUUCUCGGUACUUUGUGUCGCAAGGAAACCAAGAAGGCCUGUUCGGUCUAUGUAAAGCCUACGCUCUCUACGACGAGGCCGUGGGAUAUGCGCAGGGGAUGAACUUUAUUGUCAUGCCGCUCCUAUUCAACAUGGAUGAGGCCGAGGCCUUUACGUUGCUAGUAAAGCUGAUGAACAAGUAUGGCCUGCGGGAGAUGUUUAUCAAUGACAUGCCUGGUCUCCAUCGCAAUUUGUACGUCUUCGAACGCCUGCUGGAGGACUGGGAGCCAGCCCUCUACUGUCACCUUCGCCGGCGAGGUGUUCAUCCCCAACUUUAUGCCACUCAAUGGUUUCUGACCCUUUUCGCUUACCGUUUCCCGCUACAACUUGUUCUCCGAAUCUAUGAUUUGAUAUUCGAAGAAGGUCUUGAGAGCACCAUUCUCAAAUUUGCAAUUGCUAUCAUGCGCCGCAAUGCUGAGACCCUACUGACAAUGAAGGACAUGACGCCACUGACUACCUUCCUGAAAGAACGCCUGUUCGAUGUCUACAUUGAUAAGCAGCCUUCACCAUCUUCGAUUCUCGAGUCGGGGUUCUUCGGCAGCUCUGGCGCAGCGGACAAGGAGGUCUAUAGGGCGGAUAUCAUGGUGCAGGACGCUUGUGCAAUUACUCUGGCCCCCGGAACGAUCAGCGCCUACACUGCGGAGUGGGAAGAAAAAGUGCGCUCGGAGCGAGAGCGUGAAGCUGAACUGGAGGGGCUCAGGAACACUGUGGCCAGCCAAAGUGCUCGGAUACGCCUCCUGGAAGAGCAAGCCGAGGCGUCUGAUAAAGAGCAUGUACAGCUCGCCUCAGAACUCGUGCACCUCAAGGUGGAAAAUGAGGAGCUCACCGACAUCAAUGAUGCUCUGAAACUCCAGGUUAGCGAGCUGAAGAUUGUUGUGGACAAGCAGCCCGCAGAGGUCGAGGAGAAGCUUCGCACAGAAAUGGAUCGGAUAAUGAAGCGCAACAUGGAAGUUCAAAACGAAAAUCGAUCUUUGUCAGAGCAGAUGGCGGAGAUGGAGCGUGAGCUCGUGGAGGCGAAGAUGCAAUGGGCUGAGAUACACGAAAAGUAUGAGAACCUCAAACAGAAAUGGAGUGAUCUUCGCAAAGCUCUUGAUUAG